AUGCCAAAGACCACAAAAAAGAAGCAGAAGAAGGCCGAGGACUUCAAGAAGGUCAAGCUCAAGGUCGGCAAGAAGGUCGGGCCGGCGGCCAACGCCACCGACACAUCGUUCACAGCAAAGUCGAUCGUUAUGGGCGGGCAGUCGAUCAUGGCCGACAAGAGCGCGGCCGUCACAAAUUCGCGCAACAUGACGCUGAAGGAGCUGGUCGGGCGGCUGCGGCACUACAGCGCGCCGGUACGCAAGGAGGCGGUGGGCGGGCUGGGCGACCUCGUGGGCAUGCACCCGGCGCUGCUGCGCACCGACCUGGGCGCCAUCAUCGAGGGCAGCGUGCGGCUGGUCGUCGACAACGAGCCGGCCGUGCGGCGCGCGCUGCUGCGGCUGUACACAAGCAUGCUGCGGACCGUGGCCGAGCGCGACCUGGCGCCGUUCGCGCCGCUGAUGGUGGUGUUCACGUGCUCGGGCAUGACGCACAUCCUCGAGGACAUCCGCAGCGACGCCGUGCGGUUCCUGGACCUGCUGGCCGAUGUGGCGCCGGCCGCCGUUGCGCAGCACUCGGCGACCAUCCUGCGCAACUUCUUCGGGCUGCUCGAGACGCAGGCGGCCGGCGACGGGAGCAGCGGCACGGCGCGCACGGCGCUGCUGUCGCAGGGCACCCGGCUGGGCAUUAUGCAGAGCUGCCACAACUACCUGGCCGUCUACACGCGCCCGGCGCUGGCCACCGGCGACGCGCUGUGGUUUAUGGGCGCCGACGCGCCGCUGCCGCCGCCGGCCGCCGAGUUCCUGUACGCGGACGCGGCGGCGCCGUUCGCGGCGCUGGGGCUGUUUGGCGAGCCCAGCGCCGCGCCGACCGAGGCGGCGGCCGUGCGCGCGCAGAGCACCGAGGCGCUGGCGCGGCUGUUCCCGUUCCUGCUGGCCACGUGGAUGGAGGCGUCGACGGUCUUCGCGGCCAAUGCGCUGGCAGCCGACCGGUCGCUGGACCUGUGCGCGCUGGUGCUGCAGAUCCUGCAGACGCUGUGGCGCACGGCGCACGCCGACGCGGUGCCGCCGGCCGCGCGCGACCUGGUCGGCUUCCUGCGCCGCUGCAUGGUGCACUUCCCGCUGGGCGACGGCUACGCCGGCUCGGCGCAGGCCGAGGAGGCGCUGCUGGCCAUGAACAUACGCGUGUGCGAGCUGGCGGCGCUCGUGCAGCUGGGCCAUGUGGGCGCCGGCGAGGCCGGGGCCAAGGCUGCCGCCGCCGCCGAUGCAGAUGCCGACGCCGCCGACGCCGCCCGCUGGGCCAGGCGCGCCGGGCGCUACGUGCUGCAGACGAUGGGGCUGCGGGCGCGCAAGGCCAAGGACGGCGGCGAGGCCUCCAGCGAUGCCUCCGGCGCGCUUUUGGCCCAGGAGGCCGCCCCCAACGCCCACCUCAGCCCCGACGCCUUCGCGCAGCUGCUGGCCGCGCUGUGGCGGCUGGCGCUGGGCGCCGACCAGGCCAGCGCAGCGCGGCUGCUGGCCGGCGCCACGCUGUACGCGCGCGCGUGCCCGCUGGCAUCGGCGAGCAAGGCGCUGGGCAUCCGCUUUGUGGCGCGCGCCGUUGAGAUGCACUGGGCGCGCGUGCCGGUGCACGGCGCGCUGAACCUGGCGCCGCUGCACGGCGUCGUUGCCGACUGGGCGCUGGCGCUGCCCAAGCUGCUGUGGCAGCUGCGCGACCGCAACGCGCCGGCCACGGCGGCCGCCGCCAGCGCGCUGCGGCUGGUGUGCCAGCGCACGCGGCUGCUGGACGCCGCCGCUGUGGCUGCGCUGCAGGCCAGCCUCGUGCCGCUGUUCUGCGUGGCGGUGCCAGCCAAGGGCGUUGUCUUUGGCCCGUUCCGCGCCUACGCGCCCGCCCAGCAGCGCGCCGUGCUCGAGGCCAUUGCCAGCUGCCCCGCGCGCCCCGCCAGGCUGGCCGCCGCCGUGCGCGCAUGCACUGUGGACGCCGCCGCCGCCGACGCGCGCGUGCGCGUGCUGGCUGCCGAGAUCCUGGGUGCCUGA